GAAAACACACUUCCACUUCUCUCACACUCACUCUGUCUAUAUAAACCCCGCUCUCACUCUCCACAUUUCUCAGCCCAAAAACCCACCGACCCACGACUCGCCACAUGUCCUCCAUGGUUGACUCACCCCAUUCGGACGCCGACUCAGCCGUCUCCACCACCGAGUCGACCUCACCGAGUGAUGAAACCACGAGGACGAAGAACAAGAAGCGGGUCAGACCUGAUCCUUGUUACCGAGGGGUCCGGAUGAGGACGUGGGGCAAAUGGGUCUCCGAGAUCCGAGAGCCUCGCAAGAAGAGUAGAAUCUGGCUCGGCACCUUCGCCACCGCAGACGCCGCGGCGCGUGCUCACGACGCCGCGGCGUUGACCGUCAAAGGCUCAUCCGCCGUCCUCAACUUCCCGGAGCUCGCUGCCUGCCUCCCCCGCCCUGCUUCUGCCUCCCCCCGCGACGUCCAAGCCGCUGCCGCCAUUGCCGCCGCCAUGGAUAUCUCCUCCGCCUCCGGAGAAGCCAAGUCUCCGCCGUCGGUUUCGUCGGAGGCGUCCACGUCUUCGGCGGACGAUCUGAGCGAGAUACUCGAGUUGCCGAGUCUGGAGACGGGUCGCGAUGCGCCGAGGAACGAGUUCGUGUUUGAUGACUCGGUCAUUCCUGGUUCGCCGUGGUAUUUCAGUAACUGCUAUAGUUAUUAUCGUAGUGAGGACGAUGGUACUGCGAUUGGUGAAGUCUUUGAGUCCCCAAAUUUUGGUCCUCUUUUUUCCUUGGAAUUUUAAUUCUACCCCAUAUUUUUCAAAAUCACAAUUUAGCCCCUUCUCGGAGGUUUAUUUUAUUUUAUGGACUCUCACGUUCAUAUCAGAGUUUUAAUUCGAUCAUUAGCAGUCUAAUGAGCCCAAAUCAUAUAUAUGAUUAACGGCUAUACUUGUAUUCACAUAUUUAAUUCGAUAGUUAUAUUAUA